AAGAAUUUUGGAGUGAUCGAAAAGGAAUUGCGUAGGAAUAAUGAAAUGGUUUUCUGUACAUGUGCAGCAUGCAUGUGAAGACCUGAAAUUGAUUUCUCAAAUCUGAUUAACUAUAAUAAUAGUGGGGGUGAGAUAUAGGUCUUGUCAUCUUGUGGUCCUAAUUUAUUUGUUGACUGAUUUUUAUAAUCGAAUUUAAAAAGAUUUUCCUGUCACCUUCCAGAGGUUAGCUUAUCUUAGUCGUUUAGUGUCUGUCUGCAUGAUCAAAACUCAAAGCUCCAAAUAAUCUCAUUUCAAUGGCUGUGUCAGCUGAUCCAGUGGAAUCUUUCAUUUCCUGGGUGUACAUAUUACUGGAGUUUCAGUCCAGCACAUGACCUUGUGGCCGAUAAUAUAUGCAUGUGGCCAUCUAUUAAUUUGAUCCCCUUUUUUUCAUUUUCUUAAUGGCUAGACUGCAGCUUCAAAGUUGAAAAGGCUAUAUGUAGUCACAGACUCAGAAGAAUUGAUUCACACAGCUAGCUAGCCCACAAUCUCGUCGCCAAAAGCCAGCUAUAGCAACGGAUCAGCUUAAACCCUAUCAGCGAUCGAUGGCGGGGAAACGCUUGCAAGGCAAAGUAGCGUUGAUCACCGGCGGAGCCAUGGGGUUGGGAGCCGCGGCGGCCAGGCUCUUCUCCCAACACGGCGCCAAAGUCCUGAUGGCCGACAUCCAGCCAUCGGAACUCGGUCACACUCUCUGCAAGGAGAUCGGAGCCGAGUCGGGCCAGCCCGUGACAUACCUCCGAUGCGACGUGACGAGCGACACCGACAUGCAAAAUGCGGUGGACACGGCCGUUUCGACGCACGGGAAGCUGGACAUCAUGUACAGCAACGCCGGGACAAUGGGGCCGCAGAAGAUCACCCCACGCGACCUCCGCAUCUCCUCCCUCGCCCCCGAAAUCUUCAGGAAGGUGUUCGACAUCAACGUCUACGGAUCGUUCCUGGCCGCGAAGCACGCGACCAGGGUGAUGGGGAACGGUGGGGCCAUCCUGCUGACCGGCAGCGUCGUGACGGCCAGCUACGGGAUGGCCCCGCACGCCUACGUGGCGUCGAAGCACGCGGUGGUGGGGCUGACGAAGAACCUGUGCGUGGAGCUGGGGCCGUUGGGGAUCCGGGUCAACUGCAUCUCGCCGUAUGGGGUGCCGACACGGCUGAGCAUGGACGCCACGGGGAUGGAUGAGGCGGCGAUCGAGGCGGCGUACGAGGCCAAAGGGAACCUCAAGGGAGUUGUGUUGAGGGCCGACGACAUUGCCAUGGCGGCGUUGAAUCUUGUGAGUGACGAGUCCAAGUACGUCAGCGGGAUCAAUCUUGUGGUCGACGGCGGUCAUUCCCUCGUGAGCGCUUGAUUGAUUAAUCAAUGAUUUCACCAUGUGAUCGUUGAAUUUUAAUCUGGUCAUUUUUGCUUUUUUUUUCGGCUUAAUGCAGUCAUGCAUUUGUGAGUUUCUAACUUUCUUCUAUAUUAUAUUAUGUUAUCUCUUCUGUCUUUUCCCCCUUUUGUUUGAAUACAUAAUUAAUGAAUGGCCAGAUCGGCUUAACAGCUCCAGCUUUCAAUAUUGUAACUUAUCCCUCUUGUAAGCUAUUGUUGAAAAGUGAUAUUUCGGUAGUAAAACUGACAUAAGCUCAGUUUCUCAAAGGCUUAAUUGCAAGUUUGGUCACUCGAAUUGCUACAAAAUUUCACGUUUGCCACUCAAAUUAAUUUAUUUCAUUUAUAGUCACUUAAAUUAGGUUAAUAGUCCAAGUUUGGUCACUGGUCGUUAGUCUCCGUUAACUUUUGCUGAUGUGGCGGUCAACUCUUAUAGUUGACCGUUAAAUGAGUGACGUGGCGAUUAAAAAAUUAAUAAAAUAAAAUAAUUUAAUUAUUUUUUAUUUUCCACCUAAUUAUUAUAAAAAUAAAAACCUAAUUCCUUUUAAUUGUUAUUUUCCACCGCCCGAAGCCGUUCCUCUCCCCUCAGGUCGACGACCUCUCCCGGCCGGCCAAGCCCCGCGUUUAUAACCCAAAAUGAAGACUGCAAGGUUAAACGACUACGCGCCCAACGAAGCCACCGCUCCACCACCUCCUCCUCCGCCUACUUCUCCUCCACCACGCGGGGCUUGGCCGGCCGGGAGAGGUCGUCGACCUGAGGGGAGAGGAACGACUACGGGCGGUGGAAAAUAACAAUUAAAAGGAAUUAGGUUUUUAUUUUUAUAAUAAUUAGGUGGAAAAUAAAAAAUAAAAAAAUAAAAUUAUUUUAUUAAUUUUUAAAAAUCGCCACGUCACUCAUUUAACGGUCAACUAUAAGAGUUGACCGCCACAUCAGCAAAAGUUAACGUAGACUAACGGCCAGUGACCAAACUUGGACUGUUAACCUAAUUUAAGUGACUAUAAAUGGAAUAAAUUAAUUUGAGUGGCAAACGUGAAAUUUUGUAGCAAUUCGAGUGACCAAACUUGCAAUUAAGCCGUUUCUCAAACAAAAUAAAAUAAAUUAAGCUAAAUUAUUCAUAUUAUAAAAAUGCAAAUGAUGUCCAAAAACUUUUCUUCGUAGAGAGUAAAUCAUUAGCUCUUUCCACCCGUUGAUUAGUAGUUUAUUCGCAGAGAGUAAUUGCUUGGUAGUUUCUCUUCCGCUCUUUUAUAUUGUUAUGUGGAGAGUAAGUAUGUCGAGUUAAAAAAGAUCUUUCAAGUUAUAAGGAGGACUGACUUUUGUAUAAUAUAAAAAAUUUAAAUUAGAGAUUAAGAAAUUGAUCAAUUUAUGUUGCUGGUAUCAUUUUAUGUAUUUGAUUGCAUAAUCAUGAUGACAAUUUUGUUUAUAAGAUUGCAGUUUAUAAAGAUUUUACAUAAUCAUUUUAUGUAAAAAAAUUUACACCUAAAAAAAUUAUGAAGUAUUAUAUUUUAUACAAAAAAUUUUCAUAUAUUACAUUUUGAUACGUAAACAUUUUAAAAUUGAUAAACAACCCAAUUUUAUGAGGUUACUUGUAUGCUUUAAGAACAUGAGGUAUGCUUUAUGAGGUUUCUCUUUUAGUUUAAGAAACUUUGUGGUUUGCAUUAAUAAAUUUGUGGUAUGGUUUAUGAGAUUUAUGGCAUGUUUCAUUAAACUUGUGGUGUAUUUUAUAUUUUUAUGAUGUGUCUGGUAUGCUAUAAGAAAAUUUGUGGUAUGCU